UUGAGGGGGUCUCCGGGCCGGGCGGCGGCCGGUGGUUGUCCCUGAGGCGGGCGCCAUGGCCUGCUCCCACAGCGUGGUGUUCCUGCUAGAUGUGGCCAGCCCGGGCCGGCGAGCGCGGCUCCAGCGCGGCGCUCUGCGGCUCCUCAACCACCUGUGCUGCCGCUUUGGCCUGCCCCGCCUUCGCUGGGCCUUCAGGUUCUUCGACUCGCUCGGGGGCCGCGGCGGGGCUUCUCGGGGCGGCGGCUUCCGCUCCCCGGGGCCCAGCGCCUGGGCACGCUUCGAGGAAGAAUUAGCGGAGCGGUUCGGGGCGCGGGACCCCGCUGCCGUCCUGCCCGGGCCGGCGCCACGCGUUGCCCUCACCCACAGCGGCCUCAAGGAGACGCUCCUCGACUUCCAGUGGGACCGUCCGGAGAUUGCGUCCCCCGCCAAGCCGCUGCGCAGGAGCCGGAGGACGGGGCUGUCCGCCGGAGACCCCCCCGAGAGCCAGUCUCCCCCCGAGGGCUUUGUGAACGCCAUCUUCCUCUUCUCCCCCUGCCCCCAUUCACGGAGGGAGCUGCGGCAGUUCGUGUCGGGGAGUGACGCCCCUUCCUCCCCUCGUCUGCCGCCCACGGCUCAGGAGCUGGCGGAGAAACUCCUGCCCAAGAGUGUCCAGGAGCUGAUCGCAGAGCAGAAAAUAGCCCUGUUUUGGGUGGACACUGCCGAGUGGGCUCAGCUGAUUGAAUCCCCUGAUCAUGUUGGCUACUGGACAAUGUUUGAGCUGAUCUGCCAGACAGGAGGCACCAUUUUGCCAGCUGAAGCCUUAGUGCAGGGUUUGAGUCACAACAGGACAGGUCUUGCUCCUGGCUGUGUUGGAGACUCAAGUUCCUUGGUGCCACAGACUGUGCCUUGGACCACGCUGCUGCCUCUGGAUGCAACUUUGAACUGCUUGUUCUUGAAGCCCUCCGUGUUUCAAGCAGUGUUUCCCCAGCAGGAAGGAGUGUUGUUUCUCAGCAUGCCUGGAGGAGAGAAGCAGGAAAGCUGUGCUGUGAUCCUGGAACCCCUUUCUGUGAGCCAAAGACAACUGCAUUGUCCAGUCAACAUCUUCCUGAGAGGCAGCUUGAGGAGUUGGAGCUUGGUGCAGGCUGGCCACUUCCUCACAGAGAGCUGGAUCCUGCAGAGCUCACAGGCUGAGGAGGCAGAACAUCACAGGUCACUGUUUCAUCAGCUGUUAAGGAGUCUGGUGGCUGAAGAACUGCACCUGGUGGCUGAGGUAUUUCUGACUAAAACUUGCUGCCCCUGCACUGCUGUUUUGUCACCACUUUCUGAGAGCACUGCAGUUUUGACCAUCCUCAGGACUGAGAAGGCUGCUGAAGCUCAGCCAUGCAACCUUGCAGGAGCUGUGGUGGAGAAUUCUUCCCAAGACCAUGCUCUCCACCUCCCAGAUAUUGUGCAUAGUGUGCUGAGUAAAGUUGACACAUCAGUGGAAGAUUCUCUGGCCAGUGUGGGAGAAGAAGCUCCUGUGCCCGAGUGGGUCCAGCAGGAACUGUCCCACACAGGAGGCUGGCAUCCUUCAGUGCUGGAGGCAUGGUAUCCUGCAUCCAAUGCUUGUGGAGCAAGCUCAGAUCUGAUGGAGUCAUUCAGGCUCCUGCAGUUUCCUUGUGCCAAUGGGAAGGGUGAUGGGGAGCAGUCUGAAGUGGAACUCUCAGAAAGUCUUUCUGAGCUGUACCAGAGAAAGUUCAGUGAAACCUCUGCUGCAGCUGGAGCAGGAAACAACAAAAAGAGACGUGGAGUUCCCCGAACUCCAGUCAGGCAGAAGAUGAAGACCAUGCCCAGAUCCCUGCAGAUGCUCAACACAGCAAGACUGAAUGUAAAAGCCCAGAAGUUCCAACCUGAUGGUGCCCCACCAACAGUGAAUGAGAAGGUUCCACAGAAGCUUUCAGCGAAAAGAUUGGAUGAAAAGGUGGAAGAGAAGGAAAAGGCACUUAAAAUAUCAAUAGACUUCAAAACUGAGGAGGAGCUGCAGUGCCACUUAACCACAAGCUACCAGAAGGCUGUGGCUGAGGGAGCCCUUUCAUCUGUCUGUGCCCAGAAUAUGAUCAUGGCCAUUAAAAGGUUCUUGAAAGUAGAUGCCAAAGAGAGAGAGGUUGCCUGUUUGGAAGGAGUCAGAAACCACCUCCUGAAGACCAGCAAAAUGCUCAGACAACAACAGGGCUUACAGAAGGACACCAAAGUUGGAGAGUGCCGCCUUCAGGUCUUUUUACGCCUUGAGUUAUGCCUUCAGUGUCCUUCUCUGCAAAGCAAUGCUGAUGAAAUGGAGCAGCUGUUGGAGGAGAUGACAGAUAUGCUGCGCAUCUUGUGCCUGACUGAAGACUCAGGGUAUCUCACAAGGUUUCUAGAUGAAAUACUAGAAGUGUACAUGAGUUCUAUACCCAAGACCCUGGGAGAUAUUUACUAUGGCCUUGGUACACAAAUACCCCCGAAGCUGGCAUCAGUUCUGCCUUCAGACUUCUUCAGUGAUGACUCUGUGACCCUGGACAGCAAAUCUCCAGCCCUUUCCCCAUCUUUAUCCUCGGCCUUGACUCCGGGCACCGUUUGCCUGCGCACCGAGAGCGCUCAGCUGGAGGAGCUGCGCACCAGGUCUGCCAAGAAGAGAAGGAAUCAUGCAUUGGCCAGACACAGGAGCAUGACAGAGGCACCACAGAACUUGCGUCAAAUUGAGAUCCCCAAGCCAGCCAAGAACCCUGUCAGAAAGGAGGACCUCCGCUCCUGCCCUGCCGCCGAGAAGUCCCAGCGGCUGCCUUUGCAGAAGGAAGCAGUGCAAGAGGUUACAAAGGUAAGGAGGAACCUCUUCAAUGAAGAGAUACUUUCACCAUCCAAAAGGGCUGGGAAAAAGCUGCCUAGAAGCCAGUCAGUGUCUGCUGUGGAAGGCUUAAGAUACAAGUGUGCUGAUGAAGGCACUAAAGAUCAUCACAAGUUACUGACCAAGAGAGUUGCAGAAACACCACUACAUAAGCAGGUCUCCAGGAGGCUGCUCCAUAAGCAGAUCAAAGGGCGGUCCUCUGAUCCAGGCUGUGACACUGAUGUUGUGGAAGAAUCUCCAGAGAAAACCAUAAGAGAAGCGGGCUUGAGAAGAAGCCCACGCAUCAAACAGCUGUCUUUGAAUAGGACCUGCUCUGGUGUUUUCUGUUCCACUGCACAGCCCAGAGUCCAGCAGGGACAUGAAGAGGAGAGCUGCACACUGCAGGAUGUGGAAGGCAUUAAAUGGCAUUCAGAGGGCCCCACUGUCCAGACUCCCAAGAGGUUUUUCUUUGGUGCAGUCAUUGAUGCAUGCAGUCCUGCAGUGAAGCAUUCACCUGGAAGGAGGAGGACAAGAAAAGAUUCCUUACACUUAGAGGAGUUGCCUGCCUGUCAGACUCCUAAAAAGACCCCUCAGAAAUGUGCCCAGAAGCCACUGAACUCUGCCAGUAAGCUCCCAAGGAGAUCACCUCGGCUUCUCCACAGGACCCCACAGAGGCUGGAGAAGACUCCUGGCAAGAGUCCAGCUGCUAAGCAGACUGCAGCUAAAUGUUUGGGAAAGUACUUUUCUGAUCCUGUGGGAAGGGUCAGGUCACCACCUGCUGUAACUGACAGUAAGAGGCUUCGUUCGCUGCAAGUCACUUUCAAGGACUGUUCUCCAGCAGAAAGGCUUUCCCCUUCUUCCAAAGAGGCUGGAGAGCAAAUGCCAGAGCAGGAAGGGUUUGCAGUGCUUGAUGCCUCUUUGUCACCUCAGACAGAUUCAAACCCAGCUGCUGCUUCCCUUCAGGAGAGAUGCUUUGCAGAACUGCGAACACCAAGACGUUCCUUGAGGUACCUCUCAAAAUCGGCAUCUCCGGUUGGUGCUUGGAGGCAAACCCUCCCAAAGGACAGCCAGGUGCCACCAGAUCCAACUCAAUUAACCAGAAGUACUCCCAGGAAACCUGAAGAUCCAGGUUCUGAACUCUGUCCCAGCCCACGGAGUGCAGAAAUACCGCAGCUUGCUGUGGGGAUAGAGCCUCCCUUCGGCUUUCCUCUCUGUGAAAGGUCCACAAAGGCUGUGGCCAGCAGCUCUCCUUCCUAUGCACAGGCCAGGGAAUCUGGCUGGGAACUUAGUGCCUCUGAACCACCUUUUCAAAGAUCUCCAGAUGUUACUGACACUUCACUGAGGUUCAGGCUUCACACAUCCAAGCAGGCCAGAUGUGAACCAAAUUCUAGCGGGCAGAACUCUCCACCUGCAUGUUCAACAGCUUCUGAAAGUAAGGACAGUUGUGAUGACAGUGGUGGUCACUCCUUCAGCCUUCAGCUUUGUCCCCCAGUCAAUGCAAAUCCCCCUGUGUCAGAGGAAGAUAAGCAUCUGGCUGUAGCAACUCAAAGGUCUCCUCCAAAAGAGAACUUGGAGAACCUGGAAACAUGUUUGUCUGGAAAUCCUUCUGCUGGAGGGCAGGUGUGUGCACAGGGUGCUGAGACAGAGCAUGCAGAGCUGGUGAAGGAGGGGACCUCCGGGGCAAGCACCUUCCUGAAGGGCUCUCAAACAGUUAGUGAUGACCUGGGAGCAAAAUCUCUGCUGAGGGAGGACUCUGUGGGGCUGAAGGCUCCAAGUUUGAAGAGACACUCCAGGUUUGCCCAGAGUACUUCACCUCCUGUGCCAAAGUCUCCUGCCUACUCUCUGCGCUGCACCGCAGACAGGAGGCAGCGGGAGGCUGCGGCGCGGCUGGGGGAUCCUCGGCUCCCGGCCAAGCUCUCCACUCCCAGGAGUCGCUGCAAGCUCGCUGCCGGCUCCCCGACUUACGAAGUGGAACUGGAGAUGCAGGCUUCAGGCCUGCCCAAGCUGCGCAUCAAGAAGGUCGGCUCUUGCUCGGCGCUGGAAGCCCAGCAGGAAGCGAGUGCCGGCAAAGCCAAGGGAGGAGACAGCCCCUUUGGGGAUCCUGCUACCACCUGGUGCAGCAAGCACCCUGGGAAGCCAGCAGCUGCCUGUGUUUCACCCUCCUGCUUUCGCUCCUUCCACAGUACACCUGGGAAAGGUGGAGGACAGACCUACAUAUGCCAGUCAUACACCCCGACCAGCUGUGCCUCUACCACCACCUCCCCGUCCCCCUUAGAAGCAGGAGUUCCCUGGACGCCUUCUCCAAAGCGGAAGGGGAAGGCUACCCCUGAUGCUAUCAAGGAUUGGCCUCGGAGGAAGAGAGCAGCGGGCAGCACUGCUAAUGCCAGCUGCAGCCAAGGGGAGAAGAGUGCUGAGGAACACAGCAGAAUGUCAGCAGGCACAGAAGGAGGGGUGAAGGUCUCGGAGCACUGCAGCAGCAAAGCAGCAAAUACUCUUGGGGAGUUUGAACUGGAAGGGAUUUACAGGCUCCAGGACCAGGCAUCUCCUAGUGACUCUGAAGCCAGGGCUGAGGAGGACUCUGCCACGGGAACUUUUGGCUUGAAAUCUCGGAAGAGGGCCUUUAAGGGUCUGUCACCAGACGAGGGGGAGAGUCAGGAUGCCAAGAGGUCCUGCAGGGAUAAGCACAGCUUGGAUCUGGAUGGCUCUUCCACAGAUGAGGGCAGCAGAAGCGAGUCAGGGACGGACUCUCUACUUCCUGAGAAGCUUAGAGCGUGUGUGCUCCUAACUCCUGAGCAGCAUGCCUCUGUAGGGGAGGAUGAUGUCUUCCUUCUGUCAGGCUCAACCCCACCAGUGAAGAGCUCUCUGUCUGCCAGCAGCCUUCGAGCCCUGACCCAGUCUCCACUGCUGUGCCCGGGCCAAACGCCACAGCCUUGCAGAAGGCCUGCUCCAGAGGAGGAAUCUGAUGGCUUCCAAAUCACUGCCAACCAGGAGCUGUCUCCAUUCCGCCUCAUGGCUUCCAGGAGGCGCCCCCUCAGCAGGACUUACUCACGGAAAAAGCUGCUCAGCUGAAGUCUGGAGCCACUUUGGGAAGCUUUGCUCCUCCCAGCUGCAAAACAUCCCCUUAACCAAGGACCUCAUCUUUGGUGCUGGGCUGGAGCUGUCUUGUGUUGGUGGGAGAAUGGAUGCAAGCAUAUAGCAGUGGAAGUAAGGACCACUCCAAAAGUUGCUUUGUCAACCUCAACUGCAGCAUCUCUCCACCCAUUCAAAGCCUGGCUCAGUCUUUGUGGCACCACUUCUGCUGGUGGUGGCUAAGUUCUGCAGUGGAAGUCCAGCUCUGCUAGGUAAAGAGGGAGAGCUGUCUCUCUUCUGUGCCUUCCUUGUACAAUAAACUGGUGUCAAUUUUUAUUGUCACUUAAUUGGAUUGGGGUUGGAGGAAGAAGGAUGCUGGAAGUGAA